AGAUAUCUGGUAUUCUCAUUAAUGUCGAGCAUUCGUAAUGUGAAAUUACUAUCAGGAAAAAAAUAAAGCUUUUGUCAAAUCAUAUCCGUUUAAUUUUCAUGAGUUUUGGUCUAAAAAUAAUUGCGAAAAUAGUCUCUCCGGUGGAGUGUUGAAAUAGACGCGAUUCAUUCUUUUUUUGUCAGACAAACAAAAAGCAGUCUCUGAAAUGUGUGUUUUCAGUUUAAACUUUUUGACUUGCAACAGAGUGAAAUUGUUCUUUUCAAAGAAAUACCUAUGUUUGAUUAAGACUUUUGUGAUUUAUACAAUGUCUGAAUCAGACCUCAGGUUAGAGAACGUCGAACUUAAAAAUGAAAUCCACAAAAAUAACAGCGAGGGGGAAUUAAUUUCCGUUUUCGAUGAGAAUAGUGGCUUAGCUGCUGGAAACGAGGAAAACAAAACAACUAGACAUGUGCAAGAGCUAUUGCAUUUGUGGAAACACUACACCGCUAUUCUUCCAACUGGGGAUAAAAAUAUCAAAAGCGUAGCAGCGGAGCUGUGCGAUUUGUUGGUGAAAACCCACAGUUUAGAUGCUUUGUCGGUUUUUCUUGAUGCUCUACCCGACAGCCACGAUUACAACUGCAACGAAAGCAUUGUUCGAGCGAAAAUCCAUGUUGCUCUAAAUAAGAAGGAUACAAAAACGGUGUACAGUCUCAUACAGGAGAAUCAAUUUACUGAUGGAGACAAUUUGAUUCCAGUAUGGGAUGAAGCUCGCUACCUUGAUGAAGAACGGCGAACCAAGAAAAAGUUGACACCGCUCUCAAGGUUUCGGGUACGCAAAAGGUACCCGCCUCCCAAAACCAUCUGUGUGUCGGGUAUACGUAAAACCAACACCCUGCCUCGAGAGGCGACCAGUUACUUAAAAACAUGGCUCAUGAACCAUAUCGUAGAUCCUUAUCCAAGUGCAUCGGACAAACAACAUUUAGCGGAAAUUUCCGGUCUGUCGCAAGCACAAGUGAAAACCUGGUUUGCUAAUGCCAGGCGAAGAAGCAAAAAUACGGAAGAAUUCCAACAAAAAAGUGGCCUUUCUGGAAAAACCAUUUCGCCAUCUUGUACGAAAUCCUUUUCCGUAUGCUCUCCAUCUUCAUCGUAUGAAAGUUCCACCUAUCCUAACCACGACCACACCCAUUAUGGAGAAAGUCACUAUGAAGAAGUGCACGCAGAGUAUGCAAGCCAACCUGAGAUGGCGAUAUUUUAUGAGCACGCACAUCCUUUUAACACAAUGGACAGACAAGGCUACAAUCGAUGCGAGCACGGCAAUCACGUGACUGAUCCAUAUGAUGGAUGCAACAACAUGCGUCCAUACUGCUCCUUGGAACAGUCUCACUGUCAAUACGAUACAACACGUGUUUUGUAUGAUUUGGCUACACGAGGAGGCUACCAUCAUUACGAUUACUCACAUGCUACCCCAUUACACUACCAUUAGUCUUCAAUUAAAUGAUUUCUUCACUUCAGUGAUGACAACAAAACAGACUAGCAGUAUUCCCUGUUAAAUUUCUAAAAAAAGUUGAUGUAAAAACAGCUCAGUUUUUGUUAUGUUUAAUUUUGUAAAACUUUAUCAAGGUCAAUUUGUUUCUCAUGUUUUUCAAAUUUCUUUCACAA